CUCAACCAGGAAGUAGCAGGUGAAAAUGGUAACGUUCACGCUAACGUUCAUACGCCAUGGGGAGACGCAGUACAACAGAGACAAGCUCCUGCAAGGUCAGGGAGUGGACACGCCUCUGUCAGAAACAGGUGUGCAGCAGUGCAAAGCUGUGGGACGAUACCUUAGAGACAUCAAGUUCUGCAAAGUCUUUGUUAGUAACCUGCAGCGAGCUGUGCAGACAGCAGAAAUAAUUCUGAGGAACAACACUCACUGCUCUGGUAUGGAGAUGAUUUUGGAGCCCUUACUCAGAGAACGGGGUUUUGGAGUGGCUGAAGGACGUCACAAAGAGGACCUGAGGAACAUGGCGAAAGCAGCUGGUCAGUCCUGUCGCGAUUUUACGCCACCGGGAGGAGAAACUUUAGACCAGGUGAAGCAGAGGUUCAAAAAUUUCCUCCAAGUUCUUUUUAAACAAAUGCUGGACGAUCAGGAAACGACCGAAGAAGUCGCCAGUGAUGGCCACCAGGGGGCGUCGGCCCACGUCCUGCUGGUGAGCCACGGCGCGUACAUCCGCGUGGCCGUCAGGCACCUGCUGGAGGACUUGAGGUGCGUCCUGCCUGCAGGCGUAAAGAUGUCGCAGCUGCUCUUGCCGUGUCCCAACACGGGCGUCAGCCGCUUCGUUGUCACUCUGGACCGGAGCGAGUCGGGUCCGCUGCUCUCUGCCGCCCGCUGCCUCUUCACUAACAGGAAGGAGCAUCUGGAGAACCUGCCGCCUCUUGAGUAGCAGAGAAGAAACGGAAAAUACUGAGCUUCCAUAAACGAAAUCAAACUGUUGUCUCGAUAAUCAGCGCGUUUUACUGAUUGCCAGUGAUGAGAAUCAUUUCAAAAGUUGCAUCUGUAGGAAAAAAGCACUUCAUUGAUAAACUUUAAUAAUUUAAUACCAAAGUUGAAUCUAUUUAUUUUGUCUUUGAGUGCACAUGUUUCUCAUUCUACAUGUGCAACAAACUAUGAAGACCUGAAUCAUGGUAAAAUAUCCUGGAUAAAAGAUUGUAAAGACACUGUGCUACACUUUAUUUGUGAUAUAUGUGCCUGUUUGUUUGCUGUGAGGUGUUAAAUUAUUACUUUUGUUAAAUAUUGAAAUGAUUUAUAAGCCAAGUGCUUGAAACCUCAUUGUCUUAAGGACAAAAUCACUAAGUUAAACUGAAACUGGCAACUUUCAGCUCCGUUCAGACAUAAUUGCACAAGAAAAUUAAGAAAUACCUCAAACAGAUUUCGGUUAUUCACUAAUGAACGGAGAUGUUGACGCUCCAGGUAAAAAUGUAUAGGAAGCCUUAAAAUAAAUAAGUUGUUUAUUGCAGCAGCAUAAUCCUAACUGGGAUAAAACUCAAACACAAGUAAAAAAGUUAAUUAUUUUCCCUAAAGUCACAAGUUUUAGAUUUGUUGGUAUCCUUAGCAAUUCCUGUUAGAUAAGAGAUGACUGCUUUUUUUUACUUCUGUUUAACCUUUCUUUAAAUGAAGUCGGUCUCUAGGGCAGGGCUGUCAAACUCCAGUCCACAAGGGGCGCGAUCCUGCAUCUUUUCGAUGUGCCUCUGCUGCACCAGACCUGCAUAGAAUAAUUAGGUCAUUAGCAAGGCUCUGGAGAAAUUAUCUACAGAAGGAGGAGGGAAUUAAGCCAUUUCAUUCCUGUGUUUGGUCCCUUUGGCACAUCUAAAAACUGCACUGCACCGACCCUUGAGGACUGAACUUUGACAUCUGUGGUCUAGGGUAUGCCAUCAUCAAUAAUAAUAAUUAACUGGGUAUGAAUUUAACAUAAUUUUUAACUAAAUGUUUAUAAUUUGGAAAACACGAGAGCAUGAAAUUCAGAUAAAGUGCUGUAGGAGAUGGUUACAGAGUGAACUGUCUUUUCUCGAGUUUGAUUCUUAUUUUAAUUUUGUCAGGAUGCUGAUCCGUUUUAGAGAGUUUCAAAAUAUUUCUAAGAUGUAAUUGUCAUGAUUUUAGUGCCUUUCAUAGUUUUGGCCUCUGCAAUGAUCUCUUAAUAUCCUUUCUCCCCAAAAUCACAUUUCUUUUUAAUGAUGAAAGGAUAAACAAAAUCAUCUUCAUCAUAAGAAUAUUCAAUAAACGUAUCGCAACUAGAUGUUCGUCUGCCAAGACGUGAAUCUGUUUUGUGAUAAAACCCACCUCUCAUUAUUCCUUAAUAUUUAUUCCCACCAGUACAAUUGUACGUAAAAGUUGCGUGUUUUUUUUUUUGUGUAAAAAUUUGUGCUGCUGCAAUAAAAAUAAAUAUUUUCAGCCAUUUUACACAUCUUUACCAAGAAUAGUGAAGGUUGUUGAAUGUUAAUCUUAAAAGCUUUUUCGCUGUUUCACAAAACAAUCCAAAUAAGGCAAUAAGUGAGCCAUAGAUGUAAGGCUAGUCAACAGUUUAGAUUUUUAUUAACUCCAGUAUAACCGGGACUCUGCAAUCAAACUUUUCUUUUAACGUGAAUUUCUCAUUAAGUGUUAAAGUAUUCAAUGUGAUUUACGCAUCACGUUGUUAUGAUGUCAUGCAGUGAGUGCAGAGCGCUUAAAGUAGCAGACAGACGCUGAAAAUGCUUCCUUUUCUCUUUAUUUUGCACCAAAUUCAAGCAAAUCUCCAUCAACAACUUCAGCUCAUACAUUCAAAAGUAAACUUUUAUUUUUUUAGUUUGUAUGUACUGUAAACUGUUAAGCGUUCUUAUAAAUACCAUAAAUAACAAUAAAGGAAUGGAUUUAAAUAAAUAAAUAGUGUUUGGGUUGUUUUUGUUCCGCUGGAUGUGCAGCACCUGAUUAUUUAUCACACAAAUUUAAACUCAAAAUUAUGACUUUGUUAAAGUUUUUCACCCUGUAGUCACCUUCUUUUCAAGUCACGUAUUGGAUGGUGGACAAAUACAGUUAAAUUCAGCUUUAAAUAAUAAUCUAAGGUUUAUCAAGUAACA